AAAAAAAAAAAAAAAAAUCAAAUCGAUCUUUUUUCUUCUCCUUUUUGUCAAAAUCACCUACCGUUUUCUGUUAUUUGUGCUGAAUUUUUUGUAGUGCUUCUCUCCAGAGUUCAACUUUAGAUUUGUUUAUCUACUACUUUACUUACGAUUCUAGCUCCUACAAGUAUCCUCUGUUUUUGUUUUUUACUUUCAAAUUACGGAAACUGGUAAAGGGAUCAAUCCAACUGCAACGAUGAAUCCAUAUUACGCGGUGAAGGAAGAGUACCCAGGAUCAAGCUUGUCGCAGUCCCGUGAUGAACCACCAAUAACUGUCCUGCCGCAACCGAUGGAAGGGCUGCAUGACACGGGACCACCACCAUUCCUGACCAAGACUUUAGAGAUGGUGGAUGACCCAAUUACCAAUCAUGUAGUUUCUUGGAGCACAGAAGGUACUAGCUUCGUUGUGUGGGAUCCUCAUUCUUUCUCCACAAACCUCCUGCCUAGAUAUUUCAAGCACAAUAACUUCUCCAGCUUUGUUAGGCAGCUUAACACUUAUGGAUUUAAAAAGAUAGACCCUGAUAGAUGGGAGUUUGCCAAUGAAGGGUUUCUAAGGGGCCAGAAGCAUCUCCUGAGAACCAUCAAGAGAAGAAAGACACCUUCUCAGCCUCUGCCUCAACAACAACCUUUGGAUGCUUGUGUUGAAGUUGGCAGGUUCGGAUUGGAUAGAGAAAUUGAUCGAUUGAAGCGCGACAAGCAAUUUCUAAUGAUGGAAUUAGUGAAGCUCAGGCAUCAACAACAGAACACUAGAGCCUAUAUUCAGGCUAUCGAACAAAGGCUACAAGGUACAGAAAUAAAGCAGCAGCAAAUGAUGCAAUUCUUGGCCAGAGCGGUGCAGAAUCCAGCUUUUUUACAGCAACUAGCCCAGAAUAAGGAUAAGAGAAAAGAACUUGAAGAAGCAAUGACCAAAAAAAGAAGAAGGCCUAUUGAUCAAGGAACUAGUGGUGCUGAAUCAAGCUAUAGUGGUGAGAGUAGAAAUGCCAUCAAAGCUGAGCCUCUAGAGCUUGGAGAUUAUGGGUUUGAAGUUUCAGAGCUGGAAGCACUUGCAUUGGAAAUGCAAGGAUAUGGUAGGGCGAGGAGAGGCCAAGAGGAAGGAGAAGAAGAUAUAGAGCCACCAGAAAGUGGAGAUAGAGAACUUGAUGAGGGAUUUUGGGAUGAAUUAUUAAGUGAGAGUAAUAGAGGAGGUGAAGAUGAAGAUGUAAAUGUAUUGGCUGAGCGAUUGGGUUAUUUGGGUUCCAGUCCGAAGUAAAGAAAUUGAAGCCUUCUUUAUUGUUCAUCAUCAUCGUGGAUCAUUUCUUCAAUUAUCAUUUGGCAGACUUUUCAUUCCACGGUUGAUUUGUCAGUAACACCCUCGUAUUUUUGUACAAUUAGGUCCUUAAAAUACCAUUAGCCUAUAAUUUUUCAUCUGGAUUUCUUGGUAUUGACAGGAUAGGAGAAUAGCAAAGCAGUGUAUCCGUGGAAAAUAUUUGUAUUUCUGGUGUUUCUAACCCUUUAUUUUAAUCAUCUUUGUUCUUUUUUU